AUGUGUGUGUGUGUGUAUGUAUGUGUGUGUCAUUUUAUUCUUUUGCUUGAGGUGGGCGGCGUGAAUGGAAUGGCAGCGGCAGUGGGUGCGCAACGGCAGCCGCCGACGGCGAUUCAGAUCGCUCGUCUCUUUCCCCGUGCAGAGAAUCAGACGCCACUUUCUCUCUCCCCUCUCUCUCCCUCCCUCUCUCUCUCUCCUUGCCUGGGCCGUUUGCCCAUCAAAAAAAAGACUGUGUGGCCGCGUUUUGCUCACCAAAAUCGUGCACCAAAUUCGCCGCACCGUGCUCGCAUCAUGGCCACCCGCCGCCCGUUGACGACGGGCCUUGGGUGCGUCGGCCUGGUACUUUUUUUGAUGUGUACAACCUCAGCCCACGCGCAAGCCGUUUAUUGUGCCUACGGCCAAGUUUACAACAUUACCAAUGGAACCUGUGAAGAUUGUGCCCCAGGCACUUUCAAAAACAGUGGCUCGCAUCGCGAUACCUUUUGCGACAUUUGCACCAGCACCACGUAUAGCCCCCACCCAGGCAUGCGCUAUUGUUGGCAAUGCCCUGCCGGCCACGUGCCCAACAGCGAGCGCAACGGCUGUGAUCCCUGCUCGCCCGGAUCCUAUUCUCGCAGUGGGGCUUCCUCUUGUACCUUAUGUCCUCGUGGCACCUUUCAACCGCUCAGCGGCCAGUCCUCCUGCACGGCUUGUCCCAAGGGCAAGUUUCAGAAUGAAGAGGGUCAUGGCUCGUGCAUCAAUUGUCCCGCUGGAAUUUACAACGAUCAAACCGGGCGCUCGAGCUGCAAGUUGUGUGGCAACGGUUAUUACUCCCCUUCCCCCAACGCAGCAUCCUGCCUUCGCUGUCCCGCUGGCUGGUACCAGGACGGCACCACAUCCGACCGCUGCACCAUCUGCCCAUCCGGUACAUAUACACCAAGUUGGGGCUAUGGCAUCUGCCGAGACUGCAGCACCCGCACAUACAUGCCCCACAAUGGUGGUAUUGAGUGCUAUCGCACUCCUUCAGGCUACACCGUCACAACCACAGGCGCCUCGGAGCUGGAAACCUGUCCCGCUGGCCAGGUCGCUUACAGCAUUGGCUACCCGUGUUAUGACAUCCCCUCUGGCCGCGAAGGCGUAGCCUACGGCGCGGAGACCCCCUUUACCUACUAUGACUGCCGCCCGGGCACCUAUCAAAACAUCUCUGAUCCCAUGCGUGUCUGCGCUUCCUGUCCGCCGGGAACAUAUCAAAGUAAUUCACGUCAGACCAGCUGCAACGAAUGUCCCGUCGGCAAGUUCACGGAUCGCCCCAAGCAGCGCACCUGUCGCUCCUAUACCACCGUUCCUGCCGGCCAGUACAUUGCAGCACCUGCAACUGCUACCUCGGACCAUGUCCUGGCCCCUUGCCCCGCAGGCAUGGGCUACUGUCAAUACGACGUUGGCAUGUCCUGCGAGCCGGGCCAAUACUAUACAGGGUCUAGCUGCAGUACCUGCAGCUCAGGGAAAUGGACGGCCGAAGUCGACGCCCACACCUGCGCAGGCGUUGUCUCGUGUCCAACUGGCUACCUUCAAGUGCAAACCUACUCGGCCACCAGCGAUCGUCUGUGUGAGGCUUGUCCCCCAGGCACCUACACCGACAACACCAAUCCUACCAGCUGCAAACCAGUCAGCGAGGCCUCGGACGACUACACAGACUACCCAGCCGCCCACUACCCGAUGCGUGGCAUCGACUGCGUCUCAGGCUCUUACAUCAGUGUCAACGCCACUUCCUCCUCGUCACGUGAAUGCGCCGUUUGUCCAAACGGCACCUUCACGAGCACCUCAAACGCCUACGCCUGCACACCCCACACCGUCUGCCUUCCCGGCCAAUAUGUCAAUCGUAUUGGCGACAACCGCUACGAUCGACUCUGUCUGGACUGUGGAAACAACACUAUUCUCUUGACCGACGAUAUUAACAUGGAGCGAUGUGUCCCUCCGACCCUAUGUGAGCCCGGCUACGGCGAGGUGGUGGCACCCACACCAUCGUCCAAUCGUGUGUGUGCCCCCUGUGAACUGGGGGUUACGUUUCGCAACGAUAGCAGCGCCACUGAUGCUUGCGAGCCGGUGCGGCCCGAGUGUCCUCCUGGAGAAGGUUUUUUGGCCCCAGCGUCCACCAGUAACGAUCGCCAAGAAAUGACGCGUUGCAUUUACGGCUACGACGACUAUGGAGAGCCCUGUACCUGCCAAGUGGGGUGCAAUCGUUGUUACAGAAACACAAACUCAAGCAUCGACUAUUUGCUGUACCACUACAACGGCAUUCCAUCCGCAUCGGAAAACACACCAAGCUACCCCGCUUGCAUACGUCCCCCGGGCAAUGAGCUGGCCUCCACCCCUGCUGACGAGCUUGUGGUGGCCUGCGCUGACGUAUGCCGCAACGACACAAACUGCCGCGGCUUUCAAAUCUAUCUACGCGACCAAAUCCCGUCCCUGCGCGGUAGCUGCUGCUUCAAAUCCUCAUUUGAUACUGGCUCCUCUCAGGAGGCCAUUGGCAUUGACUUUUACGAAAUGGAAGGCUGUUACGAAUGUCGAAGCAACUAUUACCGGGAUGGGCAACACUGCCAACCCUUGUCUGAUGUGCCCGACGUUCACGUCGCUGAUUCGGUCCUCGCUAUGCCGAUUGAUUAUCCCGAGGGCGGAACUGUGGUUACGUUCAACCUCACCCGCGUUCCAGGGCUCAACUAUACCUUCAGCAUCACUGCGUUCGAGUCGAACAUUCUUACCGAGAGCGACUUUUACCUUGACAACGACCAGGCCACGCUCAUCACCCUCACAAACCUCUCUGCUGUUGGAUUCACCAGCUUGACCGUGCAAGUCACCGACAACCAAACCGUCUGCUACCAAAUCAUUGACGGCCGCGUGCGCAAGGUCCUGGGGGGCUGCAGCACCGAGAUCAGCCUUGAGCUAACCGUGGUGGGCUUUCUCAGCUGUCCCGAAGAUAUUAUCCACUACAUUCCACUUGCUGUGACCGAGGAGGAGGUGGUGUGGGAGGUUCCACGCAUCCCUGCCACUGCCACGACUGUCUCCGUGGUCGGUAACACGAAUCAAACUGUAUUUGCAGCUGGCCUUUAUUACAUUCACUACGAGACCACGCCGUUGACCACUGGCGACACCCUCGUGUGUGCGUUUAACAUUACUGCUAUCAAUGGCUUUAGCCAGACCGCUGAGUACCUUCGGUUUGAGAACCUCGGCAAUGGCGUGGCUAUCGACUACGUCAUGGAGGAUACCGUGUAUGACCGUCGCAUGCUCCGUCCAGAAGCCUUUCAAGGGAGCUUGGAGCGCGAAAGCUUUGCAUACGGCGUGUAUAGCCCCUUCGCCACACCUUUUAUCUACAGGCCACAGGCCAGUGUUAGCACGGUCCUUCACAUUCGACUUGCGUGGUGCAGCACUGGAAACACCCUGGACCUCGAGGAGCUCACUCCGUCUCCCGUAUCGGUGCGGCUGGCUGGUGCUCGCAGCGUCACGUUUACGGACCUGGGCUCGGGCAUUAGCCCAGACCUGGGUUGCUUCCUGAUUUGGGCCCAAUCUUCGCCCAUUACCACGGCCAUCAGUUUUAGUCGCAUUGACAUCGCCUUGCCUUUGCAAGUCAACAUUGACGAUGAUGUUGCUGAGCCUGACAAUGUCACAGUUGCGCGGCGUUCUACUUCUGGCGAGACACUUCAGCUCUACAGCCCAAUUUCUCCAAGUGGUAUUUAUAUGCAGCACGAGACGAGCCCGGGAGCCUCGGACGCCACUUCCACGCUCUUGGUGCUUGAGGACAUCCUCCCACCCGAAUGGGUGGGCUGCCCCGUUGAGGCUGUGGUGGUCAAUGUUGAAUCAGGGGUAGAGAUGGUGUCUGUCUCCUGGAUUGAGCCCCAGGCCACGGAUAACAUUGGUAUCGCCAGCAUCGAAGCCAACUUUCGCCCCGGCGACAACUUCACUUGGAUUGAUAGUCCAUACGAGAUUGUCUACACAGCCUACGACUUUUCAGAGCAGCAGGCUGAGUGUCGUUUUGAUGUCAUUGUACAGCCCAACCUCAAUCCCCUGUCGCUGGACACCCCGUUCCGAACCGUCUUUUCCCGCUCAGUCACCAUUCAAAGCGGAUUCCCGUAUGCCGAUGAUCUUCAGGUUUUGAUGGAUCCCACUGCCGCCGUUUUGAGCUUUGACUCUGAUUUUGAUAACACCACGGCUCUUGAGGUUCGCUUCGCGGCCUCCAACAACGACGUGAUUGAGGUUCGAGCUCGUGACGAUUCACAAUACAGCCAGUUUGUUGUGAGCCUUGAUUGGACAGCUACGCCCGAAGCAGCUGACCUUGCAGCGGCUCAUCAAGUCGAGGUCUCAGCAGAGAUUGAGUUUGACCAGUUCACCCGCGAUCCUUCUGCCACUUUUUCAUCCUCUGACCUCACCGCCACCGCCAUUCUCUAUGACGCCACUUGCCAUGUUGAUGCGGUCACUGGUCGCAUUCUAGUCAAAGGCCUCACUCAACCCUUCACACACGGCUUUAUGUUUCGAGGUGUAACGAUCCGACUUAAAUUUCCUCGGGGUGCGACCAUCACCAACGGCAGCACGGCCCCAUUGCUCUCCUACACCCUGAGCUCGGCAUCUUACUUUGGGCUUCGUCAUCGCAUUAGCGCUGCUGUGGCUAGCGCUUACGAUGCCAACACGGCCGAGCCAUUUAUUCUUGUGUUUGAUAACACGCCUCCUACGUUCCUCACCUGUCCCGAGUCGGCCACCAAGCGCACCCAGGCGGGGGAGGCUGCGGCCAUUUUCAAUUGGAGUCUGCCCAUUUACACCGACAAUCGGCCCAUUGGUUUGCGCCUGCUCCAGCGUGCAUACUACACCGAUGGGGUCUUUACCGGUGCCCUGGGCACUAACAUGUCGGUGCCCAUCCGUGAUCCCACCUCCUCUGCCCUUAUUGUCGAAUAUGUGGCGCGCGAUGAGUACGGCAACCGAGCCUAUUGCAAUUUUACCCUCCUCUCCCAGGACGGUGAGGCGCCCGUAGCCGUGUGCCCCACUGGUCUCAACUACAUUCUCAGGCCCGGUCGUGGUGACUAUGAU